CUGCCUGUCCCGAGACCACUACAGCCACCAGCCCAAACCAGAAACCACGGGCGGAAACCCCCAGCAAUCGGAAAGCGAAGAAGGGAAAGCUGCCACCAUACAAAGCCGCACGCCCGGCGGCGUCCCAAGCACAGCCACCAGCACCAACACCAGCAGCACCAACACCGAGCCUCGCCGGGCUCCUGCUCAGCACCGGCCGACAGCACCCACAGACCCACCAUGGCUGCGCUCAAAGCCCCACAGACACGCCUGCCGCACGCCGCCCCGGCGCUCCCGCUCCUCCUCACCGCUCUCGCCACCGCCCUCGCCUGCCAACAGCUCUGGACACACGACGACACCUUCCCUGGCGACGCACUCCGCCUCCUCCAGGACAUGGCUCCCAGCCACACACAGCCCUGCCACCUCCAGGAGCCGCCCUUCUUCCCCGACACCCUCCUCCGCGACAACCUCCACCCGCACCAAGCCGCCGUCACCGCCCUCUGCAUCCUCCAGCACCUCUUCCACACCCUCAGCACCAACAGCACCCGCCAGCACUGGCCCACCCAGGCUCGCAACGACCUCCUCAACAAACUCCAGCACCACAUCCACCUCCUCGAGCAAUGCCUCCCCGACAACGCCGCGCUCUUCAAAGGACCACGCAACCUGCUGCUCACCGUCAACAAGUACUUCAGGGACAUCCACCUCUUCCUCCGUGCCCACAACCACAGCGCCUGCGCCUGGGACCACGUCCGCCUCGAAGCUCGCGCCUCUUUGCAGCACCUCCACAACCUCACACGCACCAUGCGCCGCUAGCACAGACACCCACGCCCAAAACACCCACCUCCAGGACCUCACCCGCCCGUCCCCCCAACCUGCGACAACCGACGUGCCUGUAACAACCGCACGGCACCUGCAGCCUGCAACCACUGCGUCUCCACUGGUACAGCCUCUCCCCUUCAUUAGGACUGAAGACUUUCUCUACUCAAUUAUUUGUUUGCUCAUUUAUUUAUUUAUUACCUUAUUUAUUUAUUUGCCUAUUUAUUUACUUAUUCACGUAUUUAUUUUUCUACUUACUCGCUAUUUUAUGCCACGGAAAAUAAAGACCCAUGACAAAACAACUGCCACUGCCUCUUGUCUCACUAGCACUGCAACCGCUCUUUGGGCCGGGGGAAAGCCUUCUCCGUUCAACACCAACUCCAAGCCCCGCUCCAAACAGUCCCUGCCCACUCUUCUCACUGGCCCAGCAGCAUCCUGGAGCAACCACUCGGGAAAAGCCAUUGCCAGCAUUUGGCCAACACCCCAGAAUCACCACCCAAAAAUAAAGAAGCGCUAAGGUUGGAAAGCACCGCUGCAGCUCAUCCGCUUCAUCCAUCCAAAUGCCUGGCCCUGGCACUUACAGACAAGGAUGGCCCGCGGGACAGUGUCAAACACUUGCCACAACUCCAGGCACACAAGGUCACUUACUCUUACACAGCGCUCCACAGCCCUAACUACACAGAACAUCACCAAAAAUGCCGGGAACGGCAAUUUCCCACUUUCAAAAGCCACAGUCAGUCCCCAUUUCCAGUCACCUGUCUCAUUUCCAGCGGCCUUAGCAGAGCUUCUCUUUCCCACAGAAGCUGCCUCAUCAUCUUGCCUGCAACGAAGCUCACGCUGACUGCUCUGCAGUUCACACACUCUUCUGCUAUUCCCUUUGUAAAAACAGGGGGACUCUUUCCCUUCUUCUACUUAUCGGUGACUUGACAAACAUCAUUUCUCAAAACCGAUCAACGCUGGCCUACAACUCCACCUGACAGUCCUCUCAGGACUUGCAGAUGAAUCUCAUCAUGGACUUCCACAUACUCAGCUUCCUUAGACGGUCUCACACCACAUCUUAUCCUCCAGUGGCCUCGGCCUCUUCAUUCUUCAUUGCAGGGCUCCCAGCACUUGCCUUCCGUGAUGUUGGCAGUGUGGCAGGAGCUCAAUGACACACAAGGCUGCAACCACCUGCUCCUCUCCACAGCCUCUUCUCCCUGAAGUCUAAAACCCCCAGACCCCAGCACCCACUCAUCGUACGAAUAGUCACGAGGCUACGUCCUCGUGAGGCCAGCCAUGUCAUCCCCGCGCAAAUCUGUGAACAAACAAAGAGGUGCAAACACCUCUUUGCUCUCCCCAGAUUUUGGCCUUUCUUUAAAGGCAUCUGAAACUACUGGCAGGUCUUCUCUACUCCACCUGAAGCAGCCCAGCCCCCUCAGCCUUUCUCACACGUGAUGUCCUCUCAUGCCCUCUGCAUCUUCGCAGCAGACAUUCCUGCCAAAAGCUCCACUCCUCCCCGCCAUGAACUAAAGAGCCUUGAGCUGGACACACUCUUCCGGGGGAGGGCUCCGGCAAUCCCAAAACACAGCACCGUUCCUCUGGCGGGCGACAGUCCCCCUUCGCUCUCUGCCUGCCUCAUCUACGGAAGCAGGCGAAACAAAACUAUGGCCCCGCUCUAACGCCAAACAAACACCACCACAGACACACAGCAAACAACACAGGAGCAACAAAGCUCUCCCGGUUUUCCUACUCCUUCUUCAUCGACCCUAUUUUGAAAUGUCUUGUUGCCCUGCCACCUCAGCUUCCGAGACGGCACCUGGGCCACACCGCUGCAAGAACGCACUCGCGGCCUCCGAGGCUUACUCCCGCACACAGC